AUGAUAAUAACCUCCCCUCAGUGGCCGGAUCCGGAAGCCAUCCAUUCCAUUCGGUCCAGGGCCUCAGAGUUAUCUAGGCAGUUCUCAUAUGGUAGUUCUGCUUCACAUAUCAGCACACAGCCCAAUACCACCUUAUUGCAAGAACCGAAACGAAAUGUUCACAGGAGGCAGCAAAGCAACCCGUUCGAUGUGUUGUACGAUCCCAAUUCAGCCCAGCUUCAACAACGUCUGAGCCCUACUAAGAGUGCUACUUAUAUAGAUAUCGAGAAUGAUAUCCAUAAUGGACAUUCCCCAGCACAUGGAUUUACUACUUCGCAUAACAGACAUCCAACUGUUACUUUAAUUGACGAUUCAGAAAUAAGAAGAGGUAACUCGACGAUCUCGAGACUGGCCUCGUUGAGGCAUAGGAACGGUAUCAGGAAGCGUACUAAGAUGGUGAGAAGAGAAGACUUGCCUGAUGGGCUUCUACUUGACGAGCUGACUACUUCAGGAACAGAAUCAAAGGGGAAGAAAAAGGCGAAGAAACCUCCGAGAUUGUCGUUUUUGUUUCCUGUGAGAAGAAGAAGAUCAUUCAAUUACUAUCCCAUCAAAGCGGCUCCAAAGUUCUCGUCUGAGGAUGAGUUUGAAAACUUCUUUCAAAAGAAUAAUGGCAGUCAGAUGAUUCGGGAGCUUCUUCCUCCAACAAUGGCAGCAUACCAAUUUACCAACAUCAUCAGCCUCAUUCCUACAAUCAAUAUCUACCCUCAAGUGAUCCAAGGACAUCCUCCAGCCCCAUUGGUUCCAGAAGAGAGACAACCAGAAGCUGAAUUACCCUUGCUGGAGAGAGUACCUUCUCCCAAGGGUAGAUCACUAGCACCUCCAAGAAUUCAGAGACCAGAACAACUCACUUAUAGUGACAAUGUUCAAUACAAGGAGAGGAUCUUCAAAAGCUACAGACAGGCGGCAUUUGCAGGCAAAUACGCUAUCCCACCAAAGCUCCAUGAGAUCCUUCCACUUGAAUCUCAGUACGUUACCGGCAAAGAAAAAGAACAACUCGAAACAAGGCUUCUCUUUGAAUUGCUCUUAAGAAGAACAAUCGCUGCUAAGGUUGAUUUCAGGCUCAAACAGCAAGGUUUCAAGAAGAACAACGAGAAGAAGCCAAAGGAGAAGCCUAGUCAGAAUUUUUCAUCGUCAUCAUCUUCAGGGCCCUCUGACAGGCCAGAUAAGCAUCUAAGGAGGAAAUACCGUCUGGAUCCAAAGACUCCAAAGGGAACCAAACCUGCUAAAGAAUCUGGUAACCAGAACGCUUCACUUCUUUCUGACCCACUCCCUUCGCCUCAGAUAAGCUUCAAUGCUAACAUGUUUGAUCCCGUCUAUAAUGACUCGCCGGUUAGCAUUGGUGACUGGAAACAGAGGUACAAAUUGGCCAAGAUCGAUGGUUCACCUGGAAAGACGUCGAAUGUGUCUGUUUCAUCUUCAACAGAAGCCCAAUCAAAUCGCAAAGCACAAGCUCAAGUGUAUGUCCACAACUUUGACAAGGUGGAUUUGGUUUCCAAGAAAGAACGGUCUACACCAAAUCUAUCCAACGUUGCCCUUUAUUCAAUGCAACCAGUAAACAGGUCGGUUGCUACAUUCACAUCAUCAGAAGAGGACUCACCUGUUCAGAAUCUUGCCAAUUUCAACGACCAUAGAGUUUCACAUUCAACCACUGAAUCGAAAUCAAACUCCCACGAAUCUUCCUCGUCUGGUCAUGGCGAAGAAAGAGGAAAGAGGCAAUCCGAAUCCACAACAAACACAUCUGUUAUUCAAAGUUUGGAAGAUCUCUCUGACUCCGUGUUCAAUUAUUUGCGGUCAGAAGGCGCUAUGGUUCACCACAGGUACUCCCUCGAUGUCCCUCUGGAUGCUGAUCCUGACUCGUUGUAUGGAUCUCCCCACAUUUCUAAUGAAGCUCCGAAACGCUUCUCUGGUCAUUUUGAUUCUCCAAAGAGAUUUGAAAGACAGCACACCCAGUGCACCCCACAGGUAUUUAUGAAUGGUUCUUCUUGA